GUUAUCUGGGGCCAACAUCAGAGACUCUGGACUGAAAAUACUCACUGAUGUAAUGCAAAGCCAGGAUUGCAAAUUACAAAAUGUGAAGUUAGAUGGAAACAAUCUUACUCAUAAAAGUUGUGAGCAACUUGUUGCUGCUCUGGCUGUCAACCACAGAAUAAUCCUUUUGGACUUGAGUGAUAAUAAUAUACGAGACAAAGGUUUCAUUUUACUUUGCAAUGCGCUAGAAGGUGAACAGUGCUCACUACAAAUGUUAAGUGUUGGUGGUAAUAAACUAACAUCCAGUUGUUGUAAGGACUUGGCUACUAUGCUUGGUACAAACAAGACUCUGGUAGAGCUGGACCUGAGUCAUAAUAGAAUAGGUGAGGAUGGACUACAAGAACUCUCCAAAGCACUGAAGAAUGAAAAUUGUAAAUUACAAAAACUCGGGUUAAAUUCCAUAUUUGCAUUUGAGUUUGGAAUAAUGGGCACCUAUGAGGAUGCUUCUCGAGCUGGGGUAAUCUGUGAUAUACUGAAAAGCAAAAAUUGUACAUUACAGAGUCUAGGAUUGGCAAAGAAUUCAUUCACAGAAAAUUGUUGUGCUGAGCUCAUCAAAUCCCUGAAAGGAAAUCAGAUACUGACAGAGCUGGACCUUGGUUCUAACAAUCUACAAAAUGAAGGAAUGGCUGCAUUGUGUGACAUUCUAACAGAGAAAGGCUGUAAAAUUCAAUCAUUAAAGGUGGCAAAUGCUAAACUAACAAGUGAUUGUUGUGCAAGACUUGCUUCUGUGUUCAACACCAACCAGACCCUGACAGAAUUGGAUGUGAGCAUGAAUGAAUUGGGCAAUGAUGGAGUGACCAUGCUGCUAUCUUCACUGAAGGAUUCAAGCUAUAAAUUGCAAAAGCUUGGAUUGUCGAAAACUAAUCUCACAGAUGCCUGGUCAAUUGAUCUCAAAGCCACAUUUGCAACAUUGCAGGAACUAGCGGAACUUGAUUUAAGUCAUAACAAAUUUACGGACAAAUCUGUUCAAAGCUUUUCUGAAUUCAUUUUGUCUUGUGUCAAGCUAAAGACCAUAAGGUUGGAGAAGAAUCAGUUUUCAGCCAAAGGAUACAAAACUCUAGAAGACCUGAAGACAAAAAAGGAUGAUCUCCAAAUUGUGGGGUUAAAAACAUGA